AUGAGAGAUACAGCAUUUAGUUCAUCCCCAUUUGAAAAACCAAAUUAAAUCACAAGUGGUUUAUUUAGGGAUUGUCAAAGGUUUAUUCCUAGACGUAAAUUCACUGAAGAAAACCAAGAUAAUGCAACUUUAUUUGCAAAAUUAAGAAGGGCUGGACUAGAAAAAAAAUAAGCACUUAAAUAUUGUUAAGCUCAACAUUGUAAAUUAGAUACUACAUAAAGUGAUUUUGGACCACCAAGUUAUAAGAUAUUCAAAUAACAUUAUGAUCCAAUAAAAUAAUACAAAGGAUGGUAAUUAGAUGGGAAAGUUAAAUUAAAAGAUUAAUGUGAAUUUGAAAGAAUAAGUAAAGAUAUUAAUUUAGGUUUGAGAUAACAACCCAAUGAAGAUUUAUAUUAAUUAUACAAUAAACUAGCUGAGACUCAUCGAAAUACAGAACAAAAAUGCAACUUUACUGAUCUUUCAAGAUAAGAGUUAAUUCUCAAAUUAAGAUCAUUGACUAGAGAUGAUAAUAGAAAAUACAACACUCCUAUUUAUUAAUUGAGAAGACAUAAUGAAAUUUAUUAUGAAUUAGCUGAUUAUUUUGAAAAGUAGUAGCCACCCUAAAUUAAAUCUUUAGUUACAGAACUAGAAGCUUUUGAAGAUAUUGUUCCAAAAAAAUAUCUAAAGUAAUUUUAUUUGGAAUAAAAAUACACAGGAAAUAAAAAAAAGAAUUAAAAUCAAGAUUUGAGUGAAAAAAUGUAGAGACGGUCAAGAAUUUUAAUGGAAUUAACUGCUUUAUUUUCUCCAGUCAAAUCUGAUAACUCGGUAUAUAAUCAAAUAAAUUAUAUAAGAAUAGAAGAUCUUUCAUUUCAAAAUAGGAUUAAAUGUGGUAAGUUUAAAAUGAUUCUGCAAUUACCAGUUUAUUAGAUAUGGAUGAAAGUAAUAUUAGUAGAAAUGCUGAAAGAAAUAGUUUUUUCUUUAAUCGUUUUUCUAAAAUCAAAUAAACAGAGGAAUAAGAAAGAAUGAAUCAAUUUUAAUUAUCUUUAAAAAAAGUUGUUAAAAAAAAUAUUGAAAACAUGAACAACUCCUAAAAAAAAUAACAAGACUAUGAUUGA